AUGGUUUGUUGUGAAUGGGUUGGGGGGUGGGUGUUGUUGGGGGGGGGGUGGGUGGUUUGGUGGGGGGGGGUGUUUGGGGGGUGUGUGGGUGGGGGGGGGGUGGGUAGGGGUUUGGUUGUGGAGUGGGUGGUGUGUGGGGUUGGGGUUGGUGUGAGGGGGGGGUUGAUGGUUGGGGGAUGGUGGGGGGAAGGGGUGGUGGGGUGUUAUGGGGGUGUUGGGGGGGGGGUGUUGGGGGGGGGGGAGGGGGGUAGGGGGGUGGGGAUGGUUGGGGGGAGUGUGUGGAAGUGUUGUUUAUUGGGUUUUUGGGGGGGUGUGAGGUGGGGGGGGGGGGGUAGGAUUGGGUGGAUUGGGGUUUAG